AUGGCGCCCGCGCAGCGCCCGCUGCUGCCGCUGCUGCUACUGCUGCUACCUCUGCGCGCGCGCGCGGAGGACGCCGCCCGCGCCAACGCCGACCGGUACGCCGUGUACUGGAAUCGCAGCAACCCCAGGUUCCACAUGGGCUCAGCGGGCGAUGGCAGUGGCUACACGGUGGAGGUGAGCAUCAACGACUACCUGGACAUCUACUGCCCGCACUACGGGGCACCGCUGCCGCCAGCAGAGCACAUGGAGCACUACGUGCUGUACAUGGUGAACGGCGAGGGCCACGCAUCCUGCGACCAUCGGCAGCGCGGCUUCAAGCGUUGGGAAUGUAACAGGCCUGCGGCGCCUGGGGGGCCACUCAAGUUCUCCGAGAAGUUCCAGCUCUUCACGCCCUUCUCGCUGGGCUUCGAGUUCCGUCCUGGCCACGAGUACUACUACAUCUCUGCCACACCUCCCAAUGCCGUGGACCGGCCUUGCCUGCGGCUGAAGGUUUAUGUGCGGCCAACGAACGAGACCCUGUAUGAGGCCCCUGAGCCCAUCUUCACCAGUAAUAACUCCUGCAGUGGCCUCGGCAGCUGCCGCCUCUUCCUGAGUACUGUCCCAGUGCUCUGGACCCUCCUGGGCUCCUAGCCUCAUCCCUGAAGGAUGCUGGCCCCACCUGGAAGCCCUGCCUGGACCACAAACCUUGGCCCUGCGGACCCACAACGGCUGCCACAAAGACCAAAUAAACGCUGCUUCUUCCCGAUGGUGCUGCCCCACUGGAGGGGCCAUCCACCUGCCCCAGGAUGGGCAGCGAGGACCCCAAUGCCUGAGGGGGCCCUGGGUAUCCAUGCAGCCCUGAC